AUGGUCGAUUCGACUAAAGCCAUCCCUGAUUCCUUUAAAGACUGGCAAGAUGAAGUCAAUCUGCUGGGCCUGGGCACUCAGACCAUCCACAACAUUCAGCUAAAGUCGGCCUCCCGUGUCAGCAGAGAGCAAUUUCUGAUGCUUCGGGUUCUUUGGAAAGAACAUACCUCCUCGGAAUUUCUGCACUACGUUAAUUUGAAUCAGUGGCUGCCAGUCGCCAAGCAGAUGUUGGAAGGUCUCUCAUCGUGGGAAAAGUACCGCCAAAGCUUUAGCAGUUCGAUUCAGGAGGGCACGUUUGCGCCAGCCCGUCAUUACCAACUCCAGGUUUCCCAGACCGAACAAGACGAUUUUGGCGGUGGUGUCGUUUUCACCCCCAAGAUACAUAUGACUCGGUCAAGAACACAGGCCGCGCAGCUGCCAAUUCGCCAACCAGACUUUACCACAACGCCUCCCAGGCAGACUAACCCUGCCUUUGAAACACCACGCAUUGAUGAUGAGCCCGAUAUCAGUCCUCGUACCUCUUCACCGUCGCCUCCCUCCCGUUGGAGUACCAUCAAACCGGGCGAUGAAUUCAUGUAUCCUCCAACGAAAGAUGAGCAGAUUGUCAACACAGCUCUACUCGUCUUCCUCGAUUCCAUUACCUUGCACUUCAAUCUUUCUGUCGGGUGGUCUCUACAUCGCAUGGCUUUGACAGCAGAGUUCACCAACGCAAAGUUUGAGGCCAGGACGGAUGGGUACCUGUCCGACCACAGCGGAGAUAUCAAAGCCAUCAUAGAAGUGAAGCCAAUGCUUCGACAAAAGAAAAAGCCACAGAUUCUCAUCCAAGAGAGCCACCAGAUCGUGGCCGGUUUGCUGACGGAUUUCAGAUCUCCCAUUACUCAACGUCGGAAUAAACCUCGCCUUAUCAUAUCGCAGGACAGGCAAGAGAUCUAUAUUUCCUUGGCCGAGUACAACGCCGAUUACAUCACGUAUCUGCUAACAGGGGAGGUCCGCAACAACCCUUUCCUGGUAAUGCGUCAAUUUGGCCCCUGGAACACGAAUAGUUCGGGUGCGAUGGCUGAAUUGGGUCCCAUCCUUCUAGCACUUACUCUUUAUGCUGAGCAUUAUUAG